GAAAAAACAAGAAAACAGAAACAGCGCAAGGCUGCAUCAUGUCACUCUCUCUCUAUUUUGAUGAUGAUGAUGAUGAUGAUCCGAUUUCAUUUUAUUUAUAUUAAUUUUUCCUUUACCUGAUUUCAAUACUUAUCACCAAUUCAUACAUACAUUACUAGUAGAUUUCCCACCUCUCUCUGUCUCUCUCUCUCUCUCUCUCUCUCCAAAUUAUUUGGAUUUUUGGUUCCAGUUUUUCCCAAACUAAAAACAAAGCCCUAAUUUUUCGAUGUGAAAUCCGAGCAUUUAACACCACCGGGUUUGAAUUUGGUCGCGAUUGAAUGUCCCGUUUAUAUUAAUCGGUCGAAUGUGCGGUUGAGAAGAAGAAGUUUAGGAAUUGUGUGUGUGUGUGUGUGUACACAUAAUUUAUGCACACCAUAGUUUUACAUUUUGCGGGGAAAUGCCAAGCAUUGGGGUGAAGUUAUACAGCGUCUUUUUCAAGUUUAUGCUAAAGCAUCGGCUGCAAAGUCGACUACAGGGGUCCGAAAAUGACGCCGUCGGCGGAGGAGGUACAUUUGGUGUCACGUCGCGGCCGGAGGAAGAGACAGCUGCGGCUGCCAAUCCGUCCUUCACCGACGGCGUCGCCACCAAAGAUAUACAUGUUGAUCCUUUAACAUCUCUCGCAAUUCGUAUUUUUCUUCCUGAUACUUGCCUUAAUUCCCCGGACACCUUAAACAAAUCCCGGGCCAGGAUGUUGGAUCCUCGAUCUGAUAAAAAUAAAGUCUUAAAUCGUCGCAGCAGCUAUGGAUCAUCGAAUAAUGGGGCCGUCUCCAGCAGCAAUGGCGCUGUAGUUGUUAAGCGUGUUCAGUCUAUUGAUAAUAGCAAUAGACGAAAGAGUUAUGGAGGUAGCGCUGAUGAUUCAAAUCUGAAAUCGGAAAACGGAAGUUACAAAGGGUAUAAUCCGGCUGGGAAUAACUGUCGCAGAUUGCCGGUGAUGUUGCAGUUUCAUGGUGGCGGAUUUGUUAGUGGGAGCAAUGAUUCAGUGGCAAAUGAUUUUUUCUGUAGGCGGAUCGCGAAAUUCUGCGAUGUGAUUGUAUUGGCAGUGGGGUAUAGAUUGGCACCGGAGAAUAAGUACCCGGCAGCAUUCGAUGAUGGGUUGAAGGUGCUUCAUUGGCUAGCAAAGCAGGCAAAUCUGGCUGAAUGUAGCAAGUCGUUGGGUAUGGGUGGAGGGGCAGAUUCGAGGAGGUCCGAGAGUAGUUGGCAUGUUGCAGAUGCUUUUGGUGCUUCAAUGGUGGAGCCUUGGUUGGCUGCUCAUGGGGAUCCAUCAAGGUGUGUACUUCUUGGGGUGAGUUGUGGAGGAAAUAUUGCUGAUUAUGUGACAAGGAAAGCCGUGGAGGCUGGUAACCUUUUGGACCCAGUAAAGGUGGUUGCCCAGGUUCUAAUGUAUCCAUUUUUCAAUGGAAGUGGACCAAAACAAGCAGAAGAAAAGCUGUUUAACUCCUACUUCUACGACAAGGCUAUGUGUGAAUUGGCAUGGAAAGUUUUCUUACCUGAGGAGGAGUUCAACCUAGAUCACCCUGCUGCCAACCCACUUGUUCCCAACCGAGCAGGACCUCCUUUAAAGCAGAUGCCUCCUACACUGACGGUCGUUGCUGAACAUGACUGGAUGAGAGAUAGGGCAAUUGCUUACUCAGAGGAGCUCCGGAAGGUAAAGGUUGAUGCCCCCGUUCUCGAGUACAAGGAUGCAGUUCAUGAAUUUGCAACUCUAGACAUGCUUCUUAAGACCCCUCAAGCCCAGGCCUGUGCUGAGGAUAUCGCCAUCUGGGUGAAGAAAUAUAUCUCACUUAGAGGUUAUGAGUUCUCUUAUUGACUUGGUUGUAACAUCCAUACAAAUGCCACUAGCCUGUAUUUGCCAAUCAUCAUCGUCUCUUAUUGGGUUUUGUCAUCUGUGAUGUGUAUGGCCAGAAAGAAAAAUAGGAGUUAUUUUCUUCCCUUUUCCUCCUUGUGUAAGAUAGCCAUUUUUACUGAGAGUAGGAGCAUAAUUGAGUUUGAUUGUAGCCUAUUCAAGUUUGGGAAGUCAGA